AUGAAGCCCCGAAGUCUGGGCACAGCUGCCCUGCGGCUGGGUCUAGUGCUGCUGCUGCUGGCCACAGAAAACACAUCUGCAACCACCACCAGUGAGACAACCACCACCACCGACACAACCACCACCACCGAUGUGACCACGACUGAUGAGGCGACCACCACCAGUGAUGUGACCCCCACAACCGACGUGACCAUAACUGGUGACACAACCACCACCAGCGACGUGACCACGACUGAUGACACAACCACCACCAGUGACACAACCACCACCACCGAUGUGACCAUGACUGGUGACACAAUCACCACCACCAGCGACGCGACCAUCACCAGCAACACGACCACCACCAGUGACACAACCACCACCACUGACGUGAUCACAAGUGAUGACACAACCACCAUCACCGACGUGACCACGACUGAUGACGCGACCACCACCAGCAACGCGACCAACAGCAGCGAUGUGACCACAACUGGUAACACAACCACCACUAGAGACGUGACCAUGACUGAUACAACCACCACCACCGACACAAUCACCACCACCGAUGUGACCACAACCACCACCAGCAGCGACGCGACCACCACCAGUGACACAACCACCACCACUGACGUGACCAUGAAUGAUGAUACAACCACCACCACUGACGUGACCACGACUGAUGACACGACCACGACUGAUGACGCGACCACCACCAGUGACACAAUGAUCACCACCAGCGACGUGACCAUGACUGGUGACACAACCACAACCAGCGAUGUGACCAUAGCUGGUGACACAACCACCACCACCGACGUGACCACGACUGAUGACACAACCACCACCACUGACACAAUCACCACCACCGAUGUGACCACAACCGCCACCAGUGACACAAUCACCACCACCACUGGCAGCGACGCAACCACCACAAGUGACACAACCACCACCACUGACAUGACCACGACUGAUGACGCGACCACGACUGAUGACGAGACCACCACCAGUGACACAAUGAUCACCACCAGCGACGUGACCAUGCCUGAUGACACAACCACCACCACCAGCGACGCGACCACCACCAACGACGCAACCACUACCAACAACUUGACCACAACUGGUGACACAACCGCCAACAGUGACGCAAUCACCACCACCACUGAUGAGACCACGACUGGAGAUACAAACACCACCAUCACCGACACGACCACCACCAGUGACGUGACCACCACCAAUGACACAACCACCACCACCGACAUGACCACAACUGAUGACACGACCACCACCAGUGACACAACCACCACCAACGACAUGACCAUAACUGGUAACACAACCGCCACCAGUGACACAACAACCACCACUGACGUGACCACGACUGAUGACACAACCACCACCACCGAUGCGACCACGACUGGUGACACAACCACCAACAACAAAGUGACCACCACCACCGACAUGACCACGACUGGUGACACAACCACCGCCACCAGCGACGCAACCACCACCGGUGACACAACCACCACCACCGAUGUGACCACGACUGAUGACACGACCACGACUGAUGACAUGACCACCACCAGAGACACGACCACCACCACUGAUGCGACCACCACCAGUGACACAAUCGCCACCAUCAGCGACGCUACCACCACCACCGACACGACCACUGCCAGUGACACAACCACCACUACCAAUGUGACCACAACAAUCACCACCGGCAACGCGACCACCACCAGUGAGACAACCACCACUAACAACAUGACCAUGACUGGUGACAAAACCACCACCGCCAGAGAGGCGGCCACCACCCCCAAUGCAACCACCACCAGCGACACAACCACCACCGGCAACAUGACCACGGCUGGUGACACAACCACUACCAGUGAUGCGACCACCUCUCCCCCCAGCAGAACUGACACGACCCCGGACCCCGGCCCCGCCACUGCAGUCGAGAUCCGUUUCUCUCUCUCGUUUCGCAUUCUGAACAGGAUCUUUGACAACUCUCUUCUUGAUCCCAACUCCAUUAACUACCGGAAGCUGCACGUCACAAUCCAGAGCAUGUACAUCAAUAUCUACGGCUGCCCAGAGUGUCCGAAUGGGCAGAACUACCUGGGAUUCACUGAUCUGCGUUUCAGCCCGGGCUCGGUGGUGACUGAGUCCGUCCUGCUGUACCAAGCGAGCAGCACAAACAUCAACGCCACCGACAUUGAGCAGCAGCUGAGGAACAGUGAGAACAGAACAGAGGGGCUCGAGCUGGACAGUAUCCGCGCCAGUUCUCUCGUCUCCACUUCACCCACCUCGGCGCCAGCACCCCUGGUGCCUGGCUGGGGCAUUGCCCUGCUGGUCCUGGUCUGCAUUGGGCUGGUGCUGAGCAUCCUCAUCUUCAUCCUGCUGAUCGUCUGCUCGUACUGCAGGAGGAGCCGGGGGAAGCUGGAUCUGCUCAGCUCACAUACCUCGUACCAGCCCAGGAGCGAGUACCCCAACUACCACACCCACGGGCGCUUCAGUGCCCCCAGCAAGAAGCAGGACCCCUACAAUGACUUCGCCACCGGCAACGGCACCAACGCGUUCUACGCCAACCCUGCCACGUCGUCAUAG